AGUAUUAAGUAUCAAAUAAUAGAAUUUUAAAAUAUUAAUUAUUUUUCCUAAUCACGAUUCACGAAGAUAAGUUCGAACUAUAAACUUAAUUAUAAUUCAAAGGUUUAUGAACUAGGCAAUACAAAAUAAUAUAAUUUACUAUUUGGUAAUAACUAACAUUCUGUAAGUAAACAGUAUGUUCUAUUCACUAAUAAAACAGUAGUCAGUAAUACAGUAUUAACAUUAAACAGUACAAAAAUAAAAGACAAAUUUUUAGUUUUUAUAGUCUAGUUGACAUUUUUGAUUUGGGUAUUGAGAUGACAAACGAAUCUGUAAAUUGUACUACGCAUYAUGCAAACACUGUAAAAGUCAAGUGUAACUGGCAGUCAAACGUCUGUGGAAUGGACAUCAAAGACUGUGUUGUGGCUUGUCCAAAGCAAUCUGAAUUCGAAGCCGACAAACUUGAUGUAAUGCAAUUGUUAACAGAGUUUGAUUGCAAGGGUGUGAAUUUUGAAAAACCUGAACAUCUAAACGAUUUAUUCAUAAAUAUCAAUUGUGAUCCUAUGUAUAAAAUUGAUACAAUAGUUGUGUGUUCCGAGGCCAGAUUCAUAGAACUCUUUGGGAAGGCAGGAGAAUAUGUUUCUAUACAUCAUUCUAUAUGUCAUGAUGAUGUUGAUGGAUUUCAAAUGUACUCUCAUUCGUUACUUGUUGAUAGUACAGAUUGUGCUUUAAAAUUGAAACAUUAUAAUAAUUCAGAUUUUGUUUGGAUUUUUGGUAUAAUUAUUUAUUUAACUGAGAUAAAAGAGCAUCCUUACAAAUUCUUGGGCCCUAUAAAUAUGCAUAACGUUGAAAAUUUAUUGGAAUCAAAACCAUUAGACUUAAAUGCUUUAAAAUUAUUUUCUUCAUUAAGUCUUGAACAAUCAAAAUCAAUUAAAAAUGAUAUUUUAAUGUCAAUGUUUAAUAACGUCGAAAAGUCCAAACUUCCGAACACUGGAGCUGAGGGUAAUCAAUUCAUGUCGAUUAUUUUCAAACAAUUUGAAAAAAAAGUAGAAGACAAACUUCAAAGUAUGGCUGUUCAAAUGAAUACAAUUGAGAAUAAUGUUGAUACGUUGAAUAAAAAGUUUGACUUGUUGUUAAGUGCUCUACAUGAUAAGAAUAUUUUGUUAUAAUAUUAUGUUUUUUUGAAUUGUAUUGUAAUCCACAAAAUAAUAACAUUGAAGRUAGAAUUGUACUUCUACUUUGAUAUGGUUGUUAUUUUUAUUAUAUACACAGACUGAAAUAUUUAAUUAAAUAUAAG